AUGUCAACUACGCGCUACUUCUAUCUCAAGCCAGAGGUUCUCUCCACCUCUGGGUUCUGCUACGGAGCUAGCGAUAGCUCGCCUGACGGAGACGCAACAGUGCACGUGCGGCGCCUAGCGAGUGGACGUUGGAUCGACCUCGCCGAGUUUGCAGCAGAGCUGCCUGUUUCGGCGGUUCGUCACCGUGAAGUGUCCGAGCAAGAGGCGUUAAGCGGCGUUGGGAGCUACGUUGGGAGCUGUGUCUGCGUGGCGCAUCGAUGGGACGGAAGCGCAGAGCGGUGGACGUACGGGUAG